AAACCCUAACCCGCGCGCUUACCUCCUCGUCCCCUCAGGCCAUGGCGUCGUCCCCUACCCCCAAGAAGGUGCUGGUCCCGAUCGCGAAUGGGACGGAGCCGAUGGAGGCGGUCAUCACCAUCGACGUGCUCCGGCGCGCGGGGGCCGAUGUCGCCGUCGCUUCCGUCGAGCCGGGGGCGACGUCCGUAGCUGCCUCAUGGGGCAUCAAGCUUACCGCCGACGCGCUCCUCGCCGACCUCGCGGACGAUGAGUUCGAUCUCAUCUCUCUACCGGGAGGGAUGCCUGGUUCUUCGACUUUUGGAGAGUGCAAAGUUUUGGAGAAAAUGGUCAAAAAACAUGUAGAGAAGGGCAAGCUUUAUGCUGCAAUUUGCGCUGCACCAGCAAUGACUCUAGGAACUUGGGGUUUGCUCAAUGGCUUAAAGGCAACAUGUUAUCCUUCGUUCAUUGAUAAACUUCCUUCAGAGGUACAUGCUGUGGAAUCAAGAGUGCAGAUUGAUGGGAAGUGUAUGACCAGUCGUGGACCGGGAACAGCCAUGGAGUAUUCUGUUAUUUUGGUUGAGCAACUAUAUGGAAAGGAAAAAGCUAAAGAAGUUGCUGGGCCAAUGGUUAUGCGUCCUCAGCAUGGUGUGGAAUUCUCUAUGAAAGAGGUGAAUUCAACUAGUUGGAAUGUUGGUGAAACACCAAAUAUUCUAGUACCAAUCGCUAAUGGGACAGAGGAGAUGGAAGCAACUAUGAUACUUGACAUUUUGCGUAGGGCGAAAGCAAAUGUUGUGGUUGCCUCCUUGGAAGACAAGCUAGAGAUUGUUGCAUCCAGGAAGGUGAAGAUGAUUGCUGAUGUGCUGUUGGAUGAUGCUCUUAAGGAGCAAUAUGAUCUCAUUCUGUUACCUGGAGGUCUGGGUGGUGCAGAAGCAUAUGCAAAAUCUGAUAAACUAAUGGAUCUGAUCAAGAAGCAAGCUGCGGCAAAUAGAUUGUAUGGAGCUAUAUGUGCCUCCCCUGCGAUUGCUCUUGAACCACAUGGCCUACUAAAGGGAAAGAAAGUUACAUCCUAUCCUGCUAUGUGGAACAAACUUGCAGACCAAAGCGAAUGCAACAACAGAGUUAUUGUUGAUGGUAACCUAAUCACCAGCCAAGGUCCUGGGACUUCUAUGGAAUUCUCGCUUGCCAUAGUGGAGAAACUCUUUGGACGGGAGAGAGCCCUUGAGCUGGCCAAAUCCAUGGUUUUUAUUUGAGUUGAAAUGGUACGUGUACGUAUUAGGUUUCUGGAGUAUGUACUUGUGUAAAUCGAGGCAUGCUAUGUUCUUUUUCUUGUGGAAUGUACUUCAAAUCCCCUUUUAAAUAGAAAUAAGACGAACGCUUGUAAUGUGUUUCAUAUGCAGUAAAAGGUUUGAGGCAAACAUUAAGCGAA